CUCAACGCGACACAUGGGACCCCCGGCAUUCAAAGUGGCACCUGUUCAAGCUAGCCACUGUGAGUAAGGGAUCAAGGAGCUAACGUAAGCGGAUCACGUUUCAAAUGGUCAUCCGGACCUAGGGGACGUCAGCUCGCUCACCAACCUUUCCAAAAGCCUCAAUAAAACGACGAUGUCGUUGCCUCCAGUUCCGUACAACAGCAAACAUACCAGUGGUGGCCUCCGCGAAUAGCUUUUUGAUCGUGGCUUCACCGCUUGGUGGCUAUUCAACCUAGCUUGGAACAUAUCCGCCAUUAAGGGAGCUUUCCCUGUAAAGUGUGGUCUGAUCCGACCAGACCGCCGUCUGUUGCGAUCACAGACAUGCAUAUAUAUCGGAUGUGCUGUCAUAGGUGACCUUUCGUAUUUAGGCCAUGGUUGGGGUCCCCGGUCGUUCCAAGGGAUGCCUAACCUGUAGGAGACGGAAGAAGGGUUGUGACAGAAAACGUCCUGUGUGCACCCAGUGCUCCGGUGCAGGGCUGGAAUGCGGAGGUUACGGAAGGGAACGGAUAUUUCUUAAUUCUACGCAGCGCACCGAAGCGAACGCUGUCCCUGUUAUCUAUCGAAAAAGCUCCGAGCGGCAACUUGGUCUUGGUGACACUGACAUUGUCCUCCCAAACAAGCUGGCACAAACGGCUUACGUGGAAAAAUACAUAAGUAUAUUCCUAGAUAAGUAUUUCCCAGCAAACCGUUUGGCUUCGUCCAGCGACUGGAUCGAGGUCGCGCACGAACUCCGCACUUCCGACGACGCAGUUCACUUUUCUUUUCUCAGUCUGGGCUUGUUUGCUGUUGGCGAGUCACAACAUGCUAUUCGGUCAUACUGUUAUGCCCUACGCAAGCUUCAAGCAGGACUGUCUCUCCCAUCUAGGGUACAGAGUGACUCUACGCUCGCUGCGUGCAAACUCUUCAGUCUUCUUGAGACCUACCAUGGUACCGACGAAAAUCCGCUGUUGCAAGGAUCCAAAUGGCACAGCCACGUAGACGGUUUGCGAGCCAUCAUCGAAACACGGAGCCCUUAUUUGUAUCAGACUGGCAUGAGCCAUAAACUUUUCACUGAAGGGCGAUAUUUCCUUCUCGUCGCAGCAAUAAAAGAUCGACAGCGAGCCCCUCUCAACACACCUAAAUGGAGAACAAUACCAUGGGAAAAGGAGCCAAAGACAUCUACUGAUACAAUAUAUGAUAUGCUAGCUGAUAUGAGCGACAUACUAGCUGACACAGAUGAGAUGCGAUGCUGCGAUGAUCCUAUUAUGAAGGCUAAUUUACACACCAAGGUAUUGGAGGCGUCUCUGCGCCUCGGUCAAAGUCUCCAGGACUGGCUCAAGGAAAUGGGCGGCACCCUGAAGAAUUUUGAUGACGAUGAGGUAACUACUAACCCACAUACCACCUCUCAUUUGUCCUUCGCGCAUUUGACGCUCUUAUACUGGAUGGUCCAUGUGCUUCUUUACUCGAACCUUAUAUCGAUAUACGACCCUCCAUUAUCAGAGAUCCCUGCUGAGAUUAACCCGGUCCCAUACAUUCGCCUUAUAGCUAAUGCGCUCCCAUACUUCUGGCGUGCCGGUGCUGGGUUUUGUAGUGCGAAUUUGGCGGCUUUACCGUGGGGCAUGACACUACAAGCUGCUUAUGCCACACCGCAUCAUUAUACGGAGGAGAUAUUGCUCUUGGAGCGUUUUGCCAUGCAACAAAAUGGUGCCAACACAAUAUUACGGUUCCUAGAAAGCCUCCAGAGAGACUCUGCAGAGCCCGAGUUCUCCUUGGUAGAUGGAAAGAAUGGCUUGAUUCUCCGAGCUCAGAGAUGGAUGAUGGCCAGCCCUAAACGUAUAAAAGGGGCAUCUAACAACAGCAACACUAUCUCCAAUUACAAUCAAGGUAGAUCAUAACAGUGUUUGACCUUGUUCAUAUUUGCAUGAUGGAUAACCCACGAAAGAUUAUCUUUUUCUUGUACACACUAGAAUCCUGCAUAUAGACCUAAAUGUUAGAUACAAUUGGGGUAGGAGCUAAUAAUAUGGUCACCCUUUGUACCACAGUCAUUCAGCUAAUAAAUUACAUAAUAUCCCUCUCAAA